AAAAUACCGGUAAUGUUGUUGACGACAUUUAGAAAUCAAUUCAUAGAUAGGCAGCAAACACCGAUACGAUAAAAAUUUGACUUUGUUCUUUUUAUUCUGGUAGACAUUGCUCCUCCUGUGAAAUUCGUAUAGUGAUCACUUUUUCAUGUUUUUCAUGCAGUGAAUUAUACAUUGAGUUAAUAAAUGCUUGUAUUUUUUUAAAAUUGUUAAUCCAGUUGAAAAAUCGAUUUUAUUAAGCACUAAAUUUGGAUUUCUCAUUUCAAGGAUCCUCAUCUCAUAAACUGAAUUUCAAUAUGGACAUCGUUGAAGAACCUCACAAGUAUCGUGAAAUCUCUGCAGUUACCUUGCAAGUGUUAAGUUCAACCAAUCUAGCCAUAUCUUUGUGGAGUCAUAAAAACAUAGAUUCUAUCGAAGCAUUUACGCAACCAUUCAGCUGCCAAGAAUUUAUUCGAGUCUCAUCGGAAAAACUUGAAAAAUUGAUCGACGAACGUAUCAAAUCAGUAGGAAUAAAUUUAAAAGAUUUAUUUGAUCAUCUUGUCGACGACGUUUUUAUACGAAGCAUAAAUCGAGGUAUUUUGUCACGAUGUUUCGAUAGUUAUAGUAUGUACGAAUACGGUAUUUUAAAUUUCCAAACAAUUGCAAGAAAACUACUAUCACUCGAUCAAGCCAACUCACUGGAAAAUUUUAAAAUUGCUUGCGUGUAUUUAUUAGAAGACUGCGUAAGCAAAAUUUGGGUCUCAGUGUCGAGCUAUUCAGAAUUACGGGAACCUAAUUUCGCUAAUAACCAUCCUGCUGUAUGUUAUUGGGUUGAUCGAAUGCGGAAUACACGCUACGUUAAAAACGACAUUGAUCAUUUCCUCAAAUUUCUAAUGGCGAACCAAUGUUAUCGUCAUGUAAAGAAUUACACCAAGUUAUACUGCAAUGAAAACUUGGUUCGUCGUUUGAGAAAACAGCUUCUCGUAUCGAUUAUACGAUUACCAUCAGCUCUAAAGUAUGAAAAAUUACUCGAGUUGAGUGAAUUAGUCGAAGGUGCCUUUGAAAACGACAUUGAGAUGAAAGAGUUCAAGAAAAAACUCUUUUUCUCGUACGAUUUUCUAGGUUUUCUGAUGAAUCAGUUGGAUCGAGGUUUUGCCUGCGAGGUUCAAGAAUUGACUGAUGUUUUUGUAAGCCGCUCUGAUCAAGAUAUAUACGGUGUAAGAAAGAAAUUUUUCGAACGGUGGCAACGUUUUAUCAUCGGAGAAGGACACCUGGACAAAUUUCAGUUAGAUCGAUGGGAAUAUUUUCUAUGGUGGUGCGGCGUCAGUUUGGAAGGUCUUGUAUUGUACAACAAUCAACUAUUUUUGGAGAUGAAUCCGGCAUUUAUCGUUGGAUGGCAAACAAGUGUUCUAAAUGAUAGAAAUAAGAACACAUAUGACAUUAGUCAGUGGAAAGAUAUUGUAAUGUGGUUUAGCUUUGACGAAAGAAAUCAAUCAACUUUAAAACGUGACUUAGAAGUGGAUAAAAUAUUCGAGAAAUUACUGCACGAUGCUGUUUCAAAUCUUUCCGAGUGGUUAGGUUCUUUAGAAACAGAAAGAUCCGAGCCGACGAUAUUUAUUCAUUCGUCGAAAGUUUCUCAGGAGCUCAAUCUUGUCGAUGAGUUUGUUUUGUGGUAUUUCGGUGAUGAUGAAAAGGAAAUAAGAAAUUUCAAGCUAAAAACGAUUAAUAAUUUCGAAGAGAUUCCUGCAUUAAAAAAUGUAUUAUUGGCGAAGAAUGAAUGCAUAGUCAAUGAUGUGCUGAAAUGGUUUUUUGAUACUGAUGUUGAAAAAAUCCAUCAAUUUAAAUCCAGAUUACAAUCAUACGACUGAAAAAAUACAUCUGAUUAUUUUUAGUAGAUAGGUAAAUGUACCUAUCAGAUGAACUUUGAAUGUUGUUGUUGUUGUUGUUGUAAAAUUUCUCACUUUAGCAUAAAAAGACAAUAUGUAAUGUAAAUGUGUUUCAUCGUGUAAAAUGUUGCAAAUUUUUUCCACUAAAAAAUUUUUAUUGAUUU